AUGCCUCAGCUGCCGGGAGCCGGAGGAGGCGGUGGGGGGGAUCCGGAGCUGUGCGCCACAGAUGAAAUGAUCCCUUUCAAAGACGAAGGCGAUCCCCAGAAGGAGAAAAUCUUCGCGGAGAUCAGCCACCCGGAGGAAGAAGGAGACUUGGCCGACAUCAAGUCCUCUCUCGUUAACGAGUCAGAGAUCACCCCCAACAGCAACGGGCAUGAGGUUUCCAGGCAAGCCCAAGCUCAGGAAUCCUAUCAUGACAAAGGCAGAGAACAUUCUGAAGAAGGAAAACAUCCGGAUGGUGGUUUAUACAGCAAAGGCCCAUCAUACUCUGGUUAUUCUGGGUAUAUCAUGAUGCCAAAUAUGAACAAUGACCCCUACAUGUCUAAUGGAUCUCUGUCUCCACCCAUCCCUAGAACACUGUCUUUUAGUGUGUGUGAUCAAAAUACUACAUCCAGAAGAUUAUACUCGCUUACUUUGCUAUUAACCACAACCUAUGUGUCAAAUAAGGUGCCAGUGGUGCAGCCUUCACAUGCGGUUCACCCUCUCACCCCACUUAUCACUUACAGCGACGAGCACUUUUCUCCAGGGUCACACCCUUCACACAUCCCCUCAGAUGUCAACUCAAAACAAGGCAUGUCCAGACAUCCUCCAGCUCCUGAUAUCCCUACCUUCUAUCCCUUGUCUCCUGGUGGUGUAGGACAGAUAACGCCACCUCUUGGCUGGCAAGGUCAGCCUGUAUAUCCCAUCUCGAGUGGAUUCAGGCAGCCCUACCCAUCCUCACUCUCAGUCGACCCUUCCAUGUCCAGGUUUUCACAUCAUAUGAUUCCUGGUCCUCCAGGCCCUCACGCAACUGGAAUCCCUCACCCAGCUAUUGUAACACCUCAAGUCAAACAAGAACAUCCACACACUGACAGCGACUUAAUGCAUGUGAAGCCUCAGCAUGAACAGAGAAAAGAGCAAGAGCCGAAAAGACCUCACAUUAAAAAACCUCUGAAUGCUUUUAUGUUAUACAUGAAAGAAAUGAGAGCAAACGUCGUAGCAGAGUGUACUCUGAAAGAGAGCGCAGCUAUCAACCAGAUUCUUGGCAGAAGGUGGCAUGCUCUCUCCCGUGAAGAACAAGCUAAAUAUUAUGAACUAGCUCGGAAAGAAAGGCAGCUACACAUGCAGCUUUACCCAGGCUGGUCUGCAAGAGAUAACUAUGGGAAGAAAAAGAAGAGGAAGAGAGAAAAGCUACAGGAGUCAACGGCAGGUGGGAAAAGAAAUGCUUUCUCAACAUGCAAAGCAAAGGCAGCGACGCCGGGACCCCUUCUGGAAAUGGAAGCUUGUUAA